CAAUGAAAUGUACAGGUUUUUAAUAAUUUUGGUACAACUACACAUUCGGAGUGUUUAUUAUAGGCCUGUUGAAUAAAUAUAAAAUACAGCCUGUGACAACCGCUUUUAACUGCCUGUGAUGAUCAUAUAACAGACAGACAUUGACAUUCGUAUGAAGUUAGAAAUGUAAUCAGAUUGAUUAUAUAUAACCUAAUAAAUGAUCUAUUCAUGACGGUGUACUGUAUUUCAAAAGUAGCGCCCCACAUGGCCAAUCCCCAUAAUUCAAUGUUUAAAACGCUUUACACCCACCCUCUCGCCACCGCCCCCCUUCACUGCACAGGCGCAUUAACUUUCACAAGGCCGCCAUUUUGUGCGGAGCCUACUCUGCAAAAGCGGGAGAGGAUUAAAACUGACGGAGGAGAAGGGCGCAAUUCUCAGCCAUCUCGGUCUGAUUGAGGAACAUACUCUGGGCUUUCUGUCGAAUUCAGCGAGGAAUUAAACGACGAAGAGCAGGUUGAGUGUCAGGUAACAGUCAGGAGAGUUGAGUCAGAAAUUGAGGAAGCCAAGCAGAUCUAGAAAGAUGGAAGUAUUCCUUUCUAGUGCAGGUAUUACCGAUGGACGGAGGACCAACUGACGUUGUGGUUGUGGCCAAGGACUGCAUCACCUAUGAGGGGGAUGAGGUGGUGGCAGACCUGCUCCAGCAAGCAGCAGAGGGGGUAAUGGACCAGCAGCCAGAGGGAGUGGCUGGUCUGGAUCCCCAGCAGCUGGUGGAGGAAGUCAAUGUGGAGAUGAUGGUAAUGGACUCCCUGGACCCGGCCUUGCUGCAGAUGAAGACUGAGGUGAUAGACGCCCCUGUGGCUACAGCCCACGAGGCCACGGUCACCACGGUGGAUGAGACCCAGAUCAUCACUCUGCAGGUUGUCAACAUGGAUGAGCAGCAGCUGGGAGGCCUCGGGGAGCUACAGCUGGUCCAGGUCCCUGUCUCUGCUGUCCCUGUCACCCAGGCCACUGUAGAGGCACUACAGGGCACCUUCGUAGACACCACGGCCAUGCCCAAAGAUGGAAAUCCUGUGAUCUGCCACACCCUGCCCCUGCCAGAGGGCUUCCAGGUGGUGAAGGUUGGUGCGAAUGGUGAGGUGGAAACAGUGGAGCAAGAUGAGCACCAGGAGGAGCAGCAGGUCCAGCCUGAGGAGGAGGAGCUGCACUGUGAGCACCAGCCUGAAGAUCCACAAUGGGCCAAGGACCCUGACUACCAGCCCCCAGCCAGGAAGACCACCAAGAAGGCAAAAAAGAGCAAGCUGCGCUACAACACAGAGGGGGACAAAGACAACAUGGACGUGUCCGUGUACGACUUUGAAGAGGAGCAGCAGGAAGGGAUGCUCUCCGAGGUCAACGCAGAGAAGGUGGUGGGCAACAUGAAACCCCCCAAACCCACCAAAAUUAAGAAGAAGGGUGUGAAGAAAACAUUCCAGUGUGAGCUGUGUAGCUACACCUGUCCCCGCCGCUCCAACCUAGAUCGACACAUGAAGAGCCACACAGAUGAGAGGCCCCACAAGUGCCAUCUGUGUGGAAGGGCCUUCAGGACCGUUACCCUGCUGAGGAACCACCUCAACACACACACAGGUACCAGACCACACAAGUGUCAAGAUUGUGACAUGGCCUUUGUGACCAGUGGAGAGCUGGUCCGUCAUCGUCGCUAUAAGCACACUCAUGAGAAACCCUUCAAGUGCUCCAUGUGUGACUAUGCCAGUGUGGAGGUGAGCAAGCUAAAGCGGCACAUCCGUUCCCACACUGGGGAGCGUCCGUUCCAGUGCAGUCUGUGCAGCUACGCCAGCAGAGACACCUACAAGCUGAAGAGACACAUGAGGACACACUCAGGAGAGAAGCCGUACGAGUGCUAUAUUUGCCAUGCCCGUUUCACCCAGAGUGGAACCAUGAAGAUGCACAUCCUGCAGAAGCACACAGAGAAUGUGGCCAAGUUCCACUGCCCCCACUGUGACACCGUUAUCGCCCGAAAGAGUGACCUGGGCGUCCAUCUGCGUAAACAGCACUCGUUCAUUGAGCAGGGCAGGAAAUGUCGUUACUGUGAUGCUGUGUUCCACGAGCGCUACGCACUCAUCCAGCACCAGAAGUCCCACAAGAACGAGAAACGCUUCAAGUGUGACCAGUGUGAUUACUGCUGCAGACAGGAGCGCCACAUGCUGAUGCACAGGCGCACGCACACAGGAGAGAAGCCUUACGCCUGUAGCCAAUGUGAGAAGACCUUCCGUCAGAAGCAGCUCCUGGACAUGCACUUUCGGCGCUACCAUGACCCCAACUUUGUGCCCACCGCCUUUGUGUGCACCAAGUGUGGCAAGGCCUUCACUCGCAGGAACACCAUGGCCAGACAUGCAGAGAACUGUAACGGGGAUCCUAGUGAAGGAGAAAACGGAUCCCCACCGAAGAGAGGACGAGGUGGGAGGAAGAGGAAGAUGCGCUCAAGGAAGGACGAUGAUGAUGACGACGACAGUGAGGACAAUGCUGAUCCUGAGCUGGAUGACAUUGAUGAAGAGGAUGAGGAGGCCGAGGCGGCACUGCUGGAGGAAGAGGAGGAGGAGAUGGAGUUAGAGCAGGCUCCACCCACCAAACCUAUUCCCGCCCCUGUAGAGCCACCUGUCAAGAGGAAACGCGGCAGACCCCCCAAGAACGCCCCCAAACCCUCCCCGCCCGCCAAAGCCAGCAAGGCUGCCCCCAAAGUCAAGGCUGCUGCAGCAGCAGCCAUCAUCCAGGUGGAGGAUGAGAAUACCGGCGCCAUAGAGAACAUCAUAGUGAAGAAGGAGCCAGAGGCUGAACAGGCUGCCCCAGAGGUGGUGGUGGAGCAGCCAGAGGAGGCAGGGGUGGAGACGGUGGAGCUGCCUGUAGCAGAUGCUGCCCCCAAUGGAGACCUCACCCCUGAGAUGAUCCUCAGUAUGAUGGACCGGUGAUCUAGCCCACAGAGACCGCUCAAAGACAUCCCCUAGUCCACCCUCUUCAUACAAUCUGCCAUCUUACAAACCACUCCGCUUUACCCUUUUGUUUUUAUAAUUUAUGUUAAACAAAUCGGUGUGUUUUCUUAUCACUCUCAAACCCACUUCCUUCCAUGCAUUCACUGUAACAGUUUAAGUUCCAGCUGCUUGGUCUGUAGAAAUUUAGAUUUGUUUCUGGGGGUGGAAUGGUGGAGAAAUGUGUAAUAAUGGAUCCAUUCUCUACUGUAAUCUACUGGUGCAUGGAGGGAUGGUAGCUGAGGUUCGACACAUGGUGGACAUUGGGACUUACUUUAGGGGUCAGUUGUUGUUUUUUCCUCCAACUAAUAAACUAUUUUCUUAACCUGUUUGUGACCUUGACGUGGCAACAGUGAGUGCCAAUAAUUUCAGCCUUGUUAUCUAGGACCUCAUCUCUGCUGUAGACUAAAACUAUUACUUUAGCUGUCAAAGGAACUCCUGUGUUUUGACACUUUUUAUUCACUGCAUAUUCCAUUUUACUUACUGUUAUACUUGUCACAGAUUAUGAAGUUUGUAGCGACUUACAUCAAAUUAACUACUAUAAUCAGGCCAGGGACAGUGACAUCCAUCCACCCACAAAGUUUUAAAGACUGCAGUUAUGUUGUACAAAUGGUAAUCUUGGUUGGUUUUGCUUGUAAAUACUUUAAAAGUUUUAUUACAAACAUCUUAAUCUUUUUCUAGGGAUUUAAAGAACUUUAAUGCUGGGGUAAAGGAACUCUUAACAGUAGCUGUUUGGAACACAGGCUGUAUGUGGCUUUCUAAUCUCUAAAGUGUGAGGCAUUGCCCACCCUGUGAAUCAUGUUGGAGAUAUGAUCUUCCCUGUUUUGAGCUUUUUAGCCUGAAAUAUCUGUAGCGCAUUUAUGGAGGUACAGAGGACAGCAGCUUUACUCACUCUUAACCUACCUAACAUCUUGACUGCAUGAACUAAUGUUAGAGGUUUUGAAAGAUGACCAUGUACGUUUUGUUUUGCAUUUCAAGAUAAGGUAAAGAGAUUGUGAUGUAAAUUGCGCCCAUAUUCUGAAAAGCUUUAAUCAAGUUCUGUGUGAAACUGUAAAGGAGGGAGGUGUCCAAUUGAACUAGCUUCAGGUCUUAACUGUAAAUGAAAGAUGAUUAUUAAGGCUUUGGUAAUCUUGUGAAGCAGAAUGUUUCUCCCAGUUCACUGUUAAUUUCUCAGAUCAUUUUGUCCUAACUGCGUAGUUUUGUUGUGGGAUGUAUACAGGAGCGGUCAGAGGGCCUUGUGAAAUUCUGAUUUAAGACGUUCAAAAAGGGGAGGAGAGAACUGAGGGAAGGAUAUUUUGUAUAAAGGUUGUUACUCGUUUAAGAGAACUGUCCUUUCAUAGAACAUUUUAAUGCUGGUACAACAUGAAGCUUCCUUCUAUAUGUAAUUGCAUUUAAAUUGCUUUUGUCAAGCUCUUAAAAAUUCUAGGUUGAUGCAUUUUUGUACCUGGCUGUACUGUGUGAAUUUUACAAUGAUCUGAAAACCAACAUAAAACAUGUAUUAUGGCUGAGAGGGCAUGUUGGUAUGCAGAAUGUAUUGCUGUACAGCUAAUAAAAAGAUAUUGGCCUA